GAGAAUACACAGUUCAUCCGUACGGUUGUUUGCCGCGGAAGCCUGUUUUAUAUACUUAACGUAGUGCUUAUACAUAUUUACGGCUUAUACAUAUAUAUGAACGAAGAUACAUAUGUAUGUAUUUAUCUAGAUACAUAGUAUGUAUUUAUAUUUGCGGCAUUGCUGUUAGAUCGGUCGUUCGGUGCGCGGCUGUUGCACAUACAAUAAGUCAAGUUUGAAACGAAGAUUUAACCUCUUUAAUGAAGCCUAAUCAACACGGGAAAUGCAAGUGAAAAAUUGUGCGCUACAGAUAAGUCCGCUGAUAAGUAGUUCCUUUACAUUGAUACUUAAAAUAACCGGAAUAACUAUAGGGAUAUUAUCUAGUAAAGAUAUCUUAAAGAUAUUAAUACUCGUUGUCGAGUUGAAAUAUAGACUGGUUCAAGCACUGGCAAUAGCUCUCACUAGAGUCGCGGGUGGAAUGGCAGAUACAGAUACCACUGAGAAUCAGGAAGCAGCAAGGUUAGCUAUCAAGUGCGAUGAUUCUAACAGUUCCACUUUCAUUAGCGAUAAGUCCAAUAGUAUUGAAAAAAAGGAAUAUAAUGGGAUGAAACUGCAUAAUUCAGGAAGCGAAAGUAAUCAAAAAGAUCUAUACUGUAAAGAGACAAAAGAUGGUAAGGAUAGUGAUGACGAUAAUGAUGAUGGCGAUGAAAAUGAUGCUAAUGACAACAUAGACGAAGAGGAGGAAGCAGCACAUAUAAUAUGCGAUGAAACCAGAAAUUCUGCUCUACAGCAGAAUGAUGCAAAUGUGGCCAAUUUUUGUCAGAAAGAAGUUGGCCAAAGUUUAGAUGAGAGAGAAAGUGAAAAAGAAUCCUCUGUCGAUGUGGGCCAGAACCAAGUUCAGCCAAUAUAUACCACAAAUACGUACAUUGCCCCGGAGCAAGCGUUAGUUACUAGAGUGGAACUAGUUGUACCAGCUCAACUAAAUUCCGAGCAGAUUCAGCAUAGCAAGUUGCAUUACAACAAUAGCACUAGCCGCAACAACAACAUCAACAGCAACAACACUACUAAUACUACUACUACUGACGUCCAAUUCAGCAGUGCAAUGCCAGUAAUGCCCACUGAUAAAAACAAUGGUUGUGAAACAGACUCCUCCUCUUCCAACGUGAAUUUAAGGAUUCCUACUAAUUUAACAUUAACGACAAAAACAACAGGUGAUAUUUUAAAUACAGAAAGGCGAACUACAAUUUGGACACCACACGACGACUAUAAAGCCUCAGUAUCUAGCGCUGACACGGCUUCAGUAUCUGGCUCUGGCUCCGGCUCUGGUCAUUUGGAGCAACUCACUAGCAAUUCAGAUCGUUUACAAAUGAGCUGCACUGAUUCGAAUGGCUAUAAAUCAAAUAUGUUUGGCUCACAGCAAGAGCCACAUCAUCCCGCCGACCUGCUUUUGCAAAUAGAAAAGGAAACAGCUGGAAACAUAGGAAAUUUUGGGCAGUUGCUGCCAUUGGAGCAACAUGAGCAACGACAACAACACUUCAAUCAACAGCAACAGCAACAGCAUCACUCCCACAUGCAAACUCAUUUACCGAGCAACAUGUAUGCACAAAUGCUGCCCCAGCAGCAACAUUCACAUCAGCAGCAACAACAUCAGCAGCAGCAGCCGCAGCCACUUCAACAACAGCUGCAUCAUCCGCAGCAACAGCACAACAUACAUCAAGAAAAUAUUCUGGAGCAUCAGCAAUCGCUACACUAUGUCAAUUAUAUACAUCAGCAAUAUGCUCAUGAUCAAUUGUUUGCGCUCCAUCAUUCUCAUAAUAUUCAGCAACAGCAACAACAGCAGCAACAGCAGCAGCAUGCUCAACAGCAACAGCAUGCUCAACAGCAACAACAUCGGCAUCAUAUUGAUUGCCAUGGCCCGAGGCAACAGCAAUCAACAAUUCAGCAUGCGAUUUCUAAUACACAGCAACAGAUGCCGGAGCAAUAUCAUGAUCUUAUGAUCACCGAAUAUCACGAGGAUCCCUGUUCAGGAUACAACUUAACACUUUCUCCGAGCAAUGCUAAAACAGAAAAUCAAGAUGAUGGCUACGAGACAAGUGCUGGGGAUGUUUUAACACCUAAUUCACAUAGUUCGUCCACACACUCGGUAACCCCGCAGCAUCAGAUGCAACAUGUGGCACCGCUUGGCUUACUUGCACAAAGUAAACAUGAAGACUUAAGCUUAAACUCGAAACAUAAUCAAAGUCAAGCGACUAACACAUCUAGCAGUAGUCCGCAAGUGCGAGUGGCCCAAGGUGCUUUGUCUGCUCUAUCAAUGUCACAAAAUGUUAGUGCUGAUCCCUACAGCUUUAUGGCCGAAGAGAUGAGCAUUCUGUCACCAGCUGGUCAUUCAGCAGCUAUCGAUAUGCCAGGUACCACAUCCAAUGCCUCAAGCUAUUCACCUGUACCACAAGCUCAAGGCUCAGCACAUUGUCGUGAUAUUGUUGUCACUGUUGCCCAAAAGCCCAGUGAAAUAUAUAGCAACAUUAAGGAACAUCAGCAAUCGCUCACGCCCAACAGCGAACCGCAUACUGAUUCUCAUAGUACGGAAAUUCGAAUGGUUGGCGAUGCAUCCUCUCAAGAUUCCAACAAAUCCAACAAUUUCGACUUGCAACAGGAGAAGCCAGGCUCGGGGUCCCAGCCAAAGAGAAGGGGUCGUAAAAAGAAAUUAAUUGAAGCAGACAAUAUGCAAAUAGACACUGCACAGCCAUGCGGUAGCAGAGAUGGAGGUGUUGGCUCAGAAGAUAUGCUGGCCAUGAAACCCAAAGAGCGUAAGAAGCACGACCGAUUUAAUGGAAUGUCUGAGGCGGAAGUGAUUCAGCGUACCAUACCCGAUCAUCUUUGUGAUAAUCUCGAUAUUGUCAUAGUGGGUAUAAAUCCCGGCUUGUUCGCUGCCUAUAAGGGUCAUCAUUAUGCCGGCCCUGGUAAUCAUUUCUGGAAAUGCCUAUACUUAUCGGGCCUGACUCAAGAGCAAAUGAGUGCUGAGGAUGAUUAUACGUUGGUUAAGCAUGGCAUCGGCUUUACUAAUAUGGUAGCACGUGCUACCAAAGGCUCUGCGGAUCUAACGCGCAAGGAAAUCAAGGAGGGUAGCCGUAUUUUGCUUGAGAAGCUGCAGCGCUUUCGACCCAAGGUCGCCGUUUUCAAUGGCAAAUUGAUAUUUGAGGUAUUCUCGGGCAAAAAGGAAUUUCACUUCGGUCGGCAACCUGAUAGAGUCGAAGGCACUAAUACUUAUAUUUGGGUGAUGCCUUCAUCUUCGGCGCGAUGCGCUCAGCUGCCUCGUGCUGCAGACAAAGUGCCAUUUUAUGCAGCGUUGAAAAAAUUUCGGGACUUUCUCAACGGUCAAAUACCGCAAAUGGAUGACUCGGAAUGCAUAUUCACAGAGCAGCGUAUUAGGCAAUGCUGCGAACAGCAGGAGUCCGUUAAGAAUUUGCCAACGCCAGCCAACUCCAAUAAUAAUAAUAGCUCUAAUAACAAUAUGGAGCAACAAUCUAGUCUUAUGUUUGUCGACAAUGUCAACAAUAACCCCAGCACUAAUAAUAAUAAUAAUGAGCCCAUCACAGAUUGCGCGAAUAAACUUCUGGACAAACAGCUGUUGCCGCACUUCAGUAGCAAUACAAAUCCAAGUUUGAGCAACGUGAAUCCCCGUGAUGGUUUUACCUAUGCCAGCAAUGAGGAGUCAAUGCGUAACAGCAAUGAGCACAAUUACUUACCUGUAUUUGGGAAUACACAGGCGGCACCACCGUCGCUGCCUGAAAAGAAAAAACGUGGUCGCCCCAAAAAAAUUAAAGGCCAAGACUUAAUGGACCCUGCAAACGGGGGCAAAGUGCAGCUAAUGGUCCAGCACGAUUUCAAUAACAUUUUGAAUUUAUCGAUGAUUGCAACAAACGCUAAUAGUAGCAACGGCAACGGUACUGAGUUACCCACUAAGAAAAAACGUGGCAGACCCAAAAAACUAAAGCCCAGCCUAGAGAACAUGUUGAUAAACCAGCAACAACAACAACAGCAACAAUCGGCAAAUGCAACACCAACUGGAGGCAUGAUUUCGAUUUCAAUGGAGCAUAAUACUGCAUCCCCACAGAGUCAGAGCCAUCAAGCGCUACCUAGCUUAUAUAAUACGCCGCCGCCUUCACACAUAUUAUAUACAGCAUCUGCGUCGCCAAUGGCUUCGCCAGCUCUAAACUGUAGCUACCCGCCAGUCGGUCAAGACCAGCAACAGCAGCAUAUGCAGCUUAUACAAACAGAUCAUCACCAAAUGCAGGCUGCUGUUGGCGCAGUCAUCAGAGAUCAACCUCAUUUAGGCGAAACACCACCGCCGAGCUCGCCAAAUAUUUGUACUGGGGUUGACUUUGAGCCGCCAAGCGAGCAGAAUGAUGGCCAGGACACUAAUCUACUGACCCGGUCGGCAGAUAAAUCGCAAAUGGAGCCACUGACACAUGUACCCGAACAUUAUCAGCAGUGGAUACAUCAUCAGCAACAGCAACAACAAUCCGCCCAAAAGCUCAAUCAAUCCCAAUCUUCGCCCGUUAGUCACUAUCAACCGCAAGCGCAACUUAACUAUCUACCAGAUCCGGCUGAGCAUUGGCAACGCUAUACUGAGCACAGCAAUAGUCGAUCUUACAUGGUAUCCUCACCCCACUCAAAUCAUAAUAUAAAUGUAAGUCCGCAACUGACUAGUAAUACGCCGUCAAGUCAAGUUGCCUCCGCCGAUAUGUCGCGUAAGAGUUUGUCGGGUCUAGAAUCUCUCGUUGAUCAAAUACCAACAAUAAGUGAGCAUGAAACCAACGUUAUAUCCACAGCAACAGCAGCUGCGGCAGCCGCUGCUGUUGAAAGUCGUUUAUUGGGACUACAACAACAGGAGCAGCAGCACCAGCAGCACCAGCAGCACCAGCAGCAACAGCAGCAACAGCAGCACCAGCAGCACCAGCAGCAACAGCAGCAACAGCAACAGCAGCAACAACAGCAGCAGCAAAAGAAUGUUCAUACGGAAUCUACAUCGAACAACAAUGUGAUUAGCAACUUUUCUGUUAGCAGUUUGGCCGCAUCGUCAGCUACAACGAAUAUUGAUGCACAUUUGGACCAAACGAACAGCAGUGCUAGCAGGCCCGAGACCAGCAGCAACACAAAUACCAGCAAUAACAACAACAGCGACUACCCCAAUCAUAGUCAGGGUGGCUAUGCACAUCCACAUGCUAGCCAUUUGAUUAGCUCCGCGUUGGUAACAGCAACAGCUGCUGAUGGAAGUCAACCAGUGAUGCAUCCACAUCCACACCCACAUCCGCAUUCGCAUUCACAUCCGCAAAUGUAUAUGGAACAUAUGCACAUGGCCCAUGCGAUGCCAACGGUGAAUGUCAACCCAAUGUACGCUCCGCCUUAUGGUCCACAGCAUGGUGCAUCAGCACCCGAAUAUGGUCCCUACAGCGUGCAGAGUGGUACGCCUGCAUUGCAUGUGCCCAGCCCAAAUUAUCCAUAUGCCCACUAUGGGCAACAGGCUAAUUACACUGGCUUUGCACAUGCACAUCAGCACCCGCAUCCACACCCACAUCCACACCCGCAUUCGCAUCAUCCGCACCAUCACGUAGGACAUCCAGCAGCGCACCAUUUAAGCGUCUUUGACCGGCUUAAGCCGACGGAUAUGAGCGGCUAUACGGGAUACUAAAAACAACCACAGCAGCUACAAUAUAAGUUCAUUUAGCAAUCUCUCCGGCUAAGCCGGUCAUACAUACAUACAUACAUACAUAUAUAUAUAUAUAUAUAUAUAUAUAUAUAUAUAUAUAUAGUUUUCAGUAACAUUAACAAUUAAACAAGAUAACCAAAGAUUCCGCGUAAUAAAUUUCUUUUAUAAGCAUUAACGAAAGCUUAAGCGUAAUAAAUUAAACAUAUAAAUAUAUAUACAUAUAUAUGUUUAUAUUUUUAUUUAUUUUAUUUUAUUUGAAGCUGAAAAACGUAAGACAUUAGUUCAUUUUAUACAAUAGACGUGUUAUAUAUCCUAUAACUAUUCAAAUUAUUGAAGUCUACAAUAUUCGAAUAUAGAAAUAGAUUAUGUUUAUAUAGACUCAGUUACUCUUCUUUCUCUCUCCUAUUUUAUUAAUUUUUUUCUUUCUGUGCAGACAAUACUUAAAAUAUGAACUUACUAUGCUGAUAGAUUGGUAUGUGGAGUCUAUACUAAAAUAAGAACAAUGCAAAAAAACGUGAUAUAUGAAACAGUUAUUAUCGUUGGUGUUUUACGCUUAAGUUUAAGAACUAGAAUUUUCCCACUUUAUGAUUUAUUGAUUAAAUUAGGUUUUCGUUCUUUUAUUUAUUUUGCAUUUCCAUUUAUGUUGUUGUAAAUAUCAACAAUGGCGCUGUUAUCAUAUAAUAAAAAUUGCUUUGUUCUCUUGUACAUUACAAUAUCUCGUUCUCGUCAAAAGUCUGCGAAAAACGGAAAACAAAUAUUUGUUUAAAAAAGAUAUCACAAUGAGCACAUUAUAGGUAUAUCUUGAUUUUUACUUAAAAUUCUAGCAAAAUUAAUUGUUUAAUUAUUUGGUAGGCAAAGCAAUGGCAUCUUAGAUCUUAAUUGCGUUUGAUUGCAUUAUAAACUAUCUACUUUUGCUCUAGCUAGAUUUUAUCGCCGAUGUGUAUAAGACCACAUUUAUAUUCAAUAUAUAUAUAUAUAUAUAUAUAUAUAUAUUGAAUAUACAUUUUUUUUGUCUGAACAAACGAGUUGGUGGUAUUUGUAAUAUACAUACAUAUAUCGAUAAUCGACGUUGUGUAGAACUGCUCUAAUAUUAUAUAUACACAUAUAAAUACUAUGUUUAUACGCCUACAUGUUAUUUUUAUUAUUAUUUUUUGUAUUGUGUUGACAAUUAUUGACUGGUUACUAGUUGAACGAAAGUAAUUUCAGAUAUAUUAAAUAUAAUAUUGAAAAAAUUAUUAUUUACUAGACUGUCCGUGAUUUCUGAUUUCUUAUUGGCGGCGUAUAAACGUAGCUCCAAUUAUACGUAUUAAGCAUGAAUUUUAAUAAGUACUCACUUUAAAUGUCAUCUAUAAUAUUUCGAGUGAUUUCUAAACUUAACAAGCUUAUAGCUAUGUAUGUGAAAGGUUAGGGCUUAUGGAUAAGAUCGGUAUACUUAAUAUGUAGAUAAUUGCAUUUACAUUCGUCUAAAUAAUACCAUUUCGAAUAAAUGUUUUGGUUUUUAUGUACA